UACCGCACGCCGCCGACCCCGCCGAGGGCCUGCCGCUGGAGCAGGACGCGAUCGCCGCUGCAGCGGCCACGUCAGCGCUGGCCGCGUUGGAGGCGAUGAACAUUCGCAGUGCUGGCGGCGCUGCGCCGGCUCCAGCGGCGGCGUUCAUGCCGGCAACGCCAGCGCUGCCGCAGCCUCCCGCAGCGCCAGCGCCGCCACUGCCGGCGCCGGCAUUCCUGCCGCCCCCCAGCCAG